AUGAUUUCUAUCCAACUCUUUGCUCUUCUGGCAACUCUGAUGGUUUCCAUUGGCGGCCACGUCCAUGCCUUUGUUGCCGUGGUUACGACGACCACAUUGGGCGAUCGUGAUUCUUCUGGUGUGACGACAACAACGACGGUUCGAAAGAUGGGAAUGAUAGACGACUUGAGUCUCAUUUUCAGUGACAAGGGCAAGAAGAAUCGCAAGGCAUAUGAGGAUAGACAACGACAAGAACAAGAAGAGGCUCAGCGAGCAAUUUUGGAGGCACGCCGCAAUCCAAACAAAAAGAAGGAAUAUCUACAGAAAGUUGACGAGCGAAGGAACAAAUUGGAUGCUGAGCGAGAUGUUUGGAGCUUCCAAAAGGAUUCCAGUGGAGCUGAUCCAUUGCAAACAUGGAGGGAAUUGCGAAGCUCUGGGAAAAUCAAGGCUGGGGAUGAUAUUGCCAGAGAUCCAACCUCAAGUCGACUCGGCAGUGCAGGAUUGCAAGAUAUCCGAACCGAUGACAAGUUGCCUUACAUUGACCAAGGAUAUGUAGACGAGAGUGCUGAUGUUUUCGCCAACCUGAAAAAUAUGUUUGGAGGCAAGAAGGAGUAG